AUGGUUGAGAUUGCAAACCAUGUCCUGAGGAGUUCGACUGCGAGCUUCGUCCGCCUAGCUCGACACCAUGCUUCCCGUCGCCUAGCAUGGCGCUCUCACGUCCGGUGGCAAUCCGCAAUCGCUACAGAUGCAUCCAAAACAGAAGGCAUCGCAGAAUCACAGCAAAGCCUAGCUGUCCCGUCGCAAGCGCGCUUCAACGAUAUUGGUGUCCAGCACCUCAGCGCCCAUGUGUAUAAACAGCUCUUUCCCGAUGGAAACCCCCCGCCGCCUUCAGAGCUCGUCGAACUAUCCAAAGACCACUUGCGCCGACACGAUUUGCUCGGCAAGAACACGGACAACAGCGACCCCAUUGCCUUCGAUCUACCAGAGCUCCAGGGACGCACACUGGACGAGCAUUUCCACAAGCUAGCCGUCGACUCUGCCGAGCCGUAUCUCUCUUUUGCCAAACAGUUUGCGAGGGCGAGUGCACCACCAAAACCUCGGAAAUGGGUUCGCCGAAGUGGCUGGACCAAAUACUACCCCGAUGGCCGAACCGAGGCAGUCGAUGCGCCAGACGAAUCCAUGCUCUGUUUUGAUACCGAAGUCAUGUGGAAGGAAAGUUCGUUUGCCGUCAUGGCCUGCGCCUCGAGCCCGACGGCAUGGUACGCCUGGCUAUCCCCUUGGCUCCUGGGCGAAUCCGAGUCUGAUCGGCACCUGAUACCAUUUGGCGAUCCGACGAAGGAGCGCAUAAUAGUAGGACACAAUGUUGGAUAUGACAGGGCGAGAAUAUUGGAAGAGUACGACGUGAAGCAGACUCGAAACUCUUUUUUGGACACCAUGUCGCUUCAUGUUGCUGUGAACGGCAUGUGCUCGCAGCAGAGACCGACGUGGAUGAAGCACAAAAAGAGUAGAGAAUUACGAGACAAAAUCGCGAGCGAAACAGACGACGUGCAGCUGGCGGAGCUUCUAGGCAACAGUGCUCUGCGGCAAGAGGAGGAGGAGUUGUGGGUGGAACGAAGCUCGGUCAAUUCUCUCCGCGACGUGGCCAAAUUCCACCUCGACGUUACCAUUGACAAGGCCGUUCGCGACGAAUUCGGCUCCCUCGACCGGGAUGGCGUUUUGAGCAAGUUGGACAACCUCCUCGACUACUGCGCUGCAGACGUAGCCAUCACUCAUAGAGUGUACCAGAUUGUGUUUCCAAACUUCUUGGACACUUGCCCUCAUCCUGUCAGCUUCGCUGCGUUGCGACAUCUUUCAUCCGUCAUUCUGCCUGUCGACAAGACAUGGGACGCCUACAUUCACAAUGCCGAGGCCACUUACCGAGAGCUCUCUGAUGCCGUACAGGAGCGUCUGAUUGGGCUUACUGAGCAGGCUCUUGCAAUCAAGGACGACCCCGAGAAAUGGGGAAACGAUCCAUGGCUGAAGCAGCUGGACUGGUCCGGCCAGGAGAUCAAGAUGGUCAAAGGGAAGAAGAAGAAUGACCCCCCACGACCAGCCGCGAGACAAAAGAAGCCGGGCAUGCCGAAGUGGUAUAAGGACUUGUUCCCGAAGAGCGAUGCGCCUAUUGCCAUCUCCGUGCGCACCCGCAUCGCGCCUAUUCUACUAAAGCUCUCGUGGGAUAACCACCCGCUUUUCUGGUCGGGCAAGUACGGCUGGACGUUCAGAGUGGCAUAUAACGAAGCAGAGGCAUACGAGCAGAAGCAAAUGAUCGAGUGCGAUUUCUCCGACUCUGACACCGAUGCGGCACUACUCAAAGAAGAGGGCAUCUUUUUCAAGCUCCCCCACAAGGACGGGCCCACGGCACGAUGUGUCAACCCGAUGGCCAAGAGCUAUCUCUCCUACUUUGAGAAGGGCACCUUGUCGUCAAAGUAUGCGUACGCGAAGGAGGCACUGGAGAUGAAUGCGUCGUGUUCGUACUGGAUUAGCGCUCGCGAUCGCAUCAGGUCACAGAUGGUGGUGUACGAAGACGACCUUUCAGUCAACGAGGAGAAGACGAGUUCCAAGGAGAAGAGCCCCGAGGAAGUCCAGGGCUAUAUCUUGCCUCAGAUAAUACCGAUGGGCACCAUUACAAGACGAGCCGUGGAGAACACAUGGCUCACGGCAAGUAACGCGAAGAAGAACAGAGUCGGAUCGGAGCUCAAGUCGAUGGUAAAAGCACCGCCGGGCUACUGCUUCGUCGGUGCAGAUGUUGACUCCGAAGAGCUGUGGAUUGCGAGUCUGGUCGGAGACGCUACGUUCAAACUACACGGUGGUAAUGCCAUUGGGUUCAUGACUCUUGAGGGCACAAAGGCCGCCGGCACGGAUCUCCACUCGCGAACAGCAGGCAUUCUCGGCAUCACGAGAAACGACGCUAAGGUCUUCAACUAUGGACGUAUCUACGGUGCGGGGCUCAAGUUUGCCGGUCAACUGUUGAGACAGUUCAACCCCAACUUGUCCGAGCAGGAGACAAACGUGACUGCGUCCAAGUUGUACGCCACGACAAAGGGUACCAAAACCAACAGAUCCGUACUCAGCAAGCGGCCGUUCUGGCGUGGCGGGACUGAGUCGUUCUUGUUCAAUAAGCUAGAGGAGUUCGCGGCCCAGGAGCGGCCGCGGACGUUCGUCCUGGGAGCCGGCAUCACGGAGGCGUUGAUGCGCAGAUUCAUCAACCAGAACGGCUACCUCACGUCGCGCAUCAACUGGGCUGUACAGUCAUCUGGCGUCGACUACCUCCACCUCCUUAUCGUCAGCAUGGACUAUCUCACAAGACGUUUCAACAUUGAUGCGCGUCUCGCCAUCACCGUUCACGACGAGAUCCGAUACCUGGUAAAAAAUCACGACAAAUACCGUGCGGCGAUGGCGCUUCAAGUGGCGAACGUCUGGACCAGGGCCAUGUUUUCUCAACAAGUGGGCAUCCACGAUCUACCGCAGUCGGUGGCGUACUUCUCUGCCAUUGACAUUGACCACGUUCUCCGCAAGGAGGUUGACAUGGACUGCAUCACGCCGAGCCACAAAACACCGAUCCCUCACGGAGAGAGUCUCGACAUCACUACGCUACUUUCAAAGGGAGCCGAAGCCCGUCUCGACCCCGCCAUCGUGCCCGACCCCUCGCACGCGCCCAAGUUUGACGGUAUCCAGUAUACGCCUCGCACGCCCGUCAUGGAUACCCUCGAGGACAGGACGACAGCCGACCCCUUCUUCCUCAAGGCGCAGAUCGCCAGCAGCGAGGUGGAGUUGAGCCAGGUGCUCAAGGACAGGAGAACAGCGCUCAAGGCGCAGGAGGAGAAGAUGCCCAAGCUUCCCAGGGCCAAGAAGGAGCGCAGCGUGUUGCCGUACCACUCGGACGCGAAGCUGGUCCCGACGAUGACGGUGUCGGACGCGAUUGGAAACAGGUUUUCGCGGUAUGAUGGGAAGAGCAAGUGGACGACGUGGCAGAAGGAGAAGGGCGUGGGCCGGUCGGGUCCUAGCUCUAGUUAUAAUGUACGAUGA